AUGCCUCGGAAACGCAAGAAGUCAAACAGGGAUAGGAGGCCACCAUUGAUAUUUACAGAGAGCCCUGUCGCAAAUCAACGCAAUGUGCCAAGUCCUGUGUGUUGUGCUCUCCAUCCACGCACUGCUGAGACAAUUCCUGUGGACCAGCUAGACAAAUCAUCCUGGGUGUCACCACAGUUCAGUAGUACUGUCCAGUCUCGGGGUCAAUGCAACCGACGAACUCUUCGGCGACGCAAGUCUCCUGUAGAUCACCAAGGAUACAAGACGAAAUGUACAUGCGAGUCAGCAAGUCAUAACCAGGUGAAGGGUCAAGGUCAUACGGGAAAUAAAUAUCAAUCUCUGGAGUUUGUGGGAAACAAGAAAGUACGGACAAGUAUAUCAGUCCUAGAGGAAGUCAGCAUUGAGGAAAAUGUCUCCCCUAAUGUUUCUAAACAUCAGAGGAAAUUUAGAAAACAGUCUCGAACAUCCUGGGUUGAUGAUGAGUGUGAAAAUUCACCAGGUUUGAAACGGAAAGUUAGACGGAAAACUUCCAGGCUAAGCACUAGAAGUGUUGAGAGAGAUGAUUUGAAUAGGGGAGACAACUCUUUAGAAUUGACAACUGCUGACUUCUCACCCUUACCAGGAUCUGUUUGUGCUGUUGGUGUGUGUACACCGUCAUUCAGUAAGCAAAAUAUUGUAAGCUUACAGACUCCAGUGAAGCAACUAUUUCCAGGCAGUGGAAAAGGACCUGGGCAUGUUUCUGAGUAUGGGAAACCAAAUGAACUGUUUGGUGUGACAGCAAAUUUACCUACAGAUGACUGCAUGCAAAGCUCUGUCUAUGACGAGGUCUGUGAGAGUGACGUUGAGGAUUCAGCCAGUGAGGAUGAUCAUGAGGAUUUGAAAUCUAAUUUGAAGUCAAGAUAUUUUUUGCGGAAAUAUUUUGAGAUGACUGUAUGCUCAACACCUAAAGAUGGUGGGGCACGAGGGGCCAGAAUUCUUGUUCUGGACACCCCAGAGGCAGAAUAUGGUUUGGCAUCCAGACGACGGCAGCAGUGUGUGACCUCAAAGGCAACUAGAUAG